ACAAUCUGAAGAGAAUGGUUCUUACAUAUGAGGAGACUAGUGUGAGACAGUAGGUGAGAGGUCAAAUAUACAUGCCAGCCGGUUAAUGUGGACUUGGUUGUGUAAGAGCCCUAAGAGAGCAGGGACAAUUACUUUGGUGGCCGUGAGGAGAAUAGAUUUAAGUGAGUAUCUGAAAUACAGCACUGAGGGUUGGCACGAAGAGAGAGGGAGAGAUUCUGUAAGUAUUGGGGAGGUAAACAUUGUGAGUGGAAAAGAAGGGAGAAGCAGGGAGGAUUCAAUCCCAUAUCCUUACUGUAGGUGCUCGAGGUAGUGGCUGUUAAUCAAUAACUACAUUUCCCAUAGCCCUUAGGGCAGCGCCAUCUGCAUUUCCCAGAGGGCUGUGCGAUGCUCACGCUGGCCCUGAGCGUUGGUGUAAACAAAGUUAAACAGGAGGGAGUGUACUCUUUAUGUUGCUUUAUAAACAAGUUUCCCAUCCUCAUUCUCUCUUCCAUCUCUCUUCUUUGUCUCCAACACCUCUGUCCACCGGCUUCAGGGGCCCAAAUACCCCGGGACUGGUCUCCUUGGCAACAACUCGAUGUUACCUUUUCUGUGCCCCGCGCGAGCGUGCCCGGAGGCUCCUGGAAAAUGUAGUUCAGCCUCCUCCCGGCGGCCCAGACCCAGCCAAAUGGCUCUGCCUCCUCGGGCUCCAGAGUCAAGGGCUGGGUGGCGGGCGCGCGUGGCCGGCCCGUUUGGAAGCCGUGGGGGUAGAAGCUGUUCUGCGUACGGCCACCCGGAGGCCCAGGCCACGGACAGUCUCCGAGCCGACAAUCCCGGCCCGUCUCCGUGGUAACCGGCUGGCUGCAGAGGGCUGUGGGAAGUGUAGUUGGGCUGGGCCGGCCCGUGCGCGAGGUCUCUGCCUUUACAGCUCGCUUCCGCGGUCAGAGCGAUUUUCCGGCGUCCGGGCGAGCUCCUCCCGCUUUAUCUCGACCUCCGAGCACCCCGGCAGGUGGGCGGCCGCCCAGAGAGGUAGGGUCAAGGCGAGGGUUCCCUGGAUCCAGUCCCUUAGACCAGCAUCAGGGAACUUUCCAGAGGGGAGGCCGAGGACCUGCCCUGCCCCAGAGAAGAGUUUCAAGCAGGAGAGAGAAGAGAGAAGCUGGGAAGGUGACCAGAGUGACCAGAACUGCCGGCCAGACAGAAAGCUCUUCAAGGAAGAAGCACAUCUUGUCCUUUGUAUUCUCCACGGCACCUCUGAGCACCAAGGGACUCGGACGACUUGGGGAUUGGUGACUGUAUGCAGCUGUGGACACCGCAGUGGACGCAGAGAGAUGGAUCUGUGGUUCAGGGCCAUCUCAGAUGGAGAUGCGCUUACCCUUGACUGAAGACAUAGCCUGCCUUCUCUGGGAUGGUUGUUGGCCAUUCUCCUCCAGGUCACACAGGAGGAAGGUCAACUUGUCCUUAUUGCCACACCUUCCUCCCGACCCGGAAGCCAGAUUAGCCCUGAUGUCCAUGAGGUGGCAGGUGCUGGGUCCCCAUUGCCUCGGCUCUGCCUGGGAGGCAUUGCUGGCUGCCAUGCACUGCGCUAACCUUGGGAGUGACCUUGAGAGGGGGAGGCAGGGAACAAACAAGAAACCAGGAUGUUGGAGCGCUCACCCGUGUCCUGGAUAAGGAUAGCUGGCUCAGGGUCCACCCUCAACAUGAAGUUGGAGCCCUUUGAGAACAAGGCCUAUGUCUGAAGCAUCUCUGUAUUCACAGUGCCUCACUUAACACCUGGCACUGAGUGCUUCUGUAGUUACCAGCAACCAAGGUUACCAGCGUGGAGGUAACCAGGAGAACGAUGUUAACGACUGUACUGAAACGUCCCACCUGUGCCACCCCCGCCACGAGUACAUCAUCCUUUCGUAUACGGCGAAGUUCUGGGUCCCAAGCGCAAAAUGCAGGAACAUCCCUUGUCUUUUGUUAGCUGCAAAAUCUCUAUCUCCCCUACCAAAAACGGGGACAGAUUCUGUGCAUAUAUCCAGGGAUUUAUACAGCCGUGGCGCUCUCUUCUAAAUUUCUUUAAAAGCUAGUAAGUUAGGAAUGUUCGCGGCGGGGUUGAUAAGAGUUAGUCCCUAGUGUUCACUGCCCAUAAGAACUGCAUUUCCUAGAAAGUGAAGGCUGCUUCUAAACAGCUGAACCUUGAACCUGGUGGAGAUGUGAGCAAAUUGUGGAGCAAUAAGGAGAGAAAGGGAGGGCCCUUGCCAGCUGCCUCUCUGCCUGCUUACCCGAGGCUUACGAGCUCACGCACGCCGCUGUCUCUGGGCAGGAGGACAGCUUCCUCACUGGGUUUUCGUGCUCCUGACUUGGAAGUGUAUAGCUGGAACGUCAUUUACACUGGAUCUCCAGAACACCCUCUCAAAUCACUCCUCUAAGGACUAUCGCAAGACCAAAUCGAGUAAGGAAUGAUAGAAACAGGUAGAGGAGACUGAAAUGACUCAUCGAGGUAAGGCUGUUGGGAGAGCAGGGGACUGGAGGGACACGGACUCUAAGCCCGGAGAGACUAGGGGACUCUGACUCCUGGGGAGCUGGCGAAGGCUGUUCCAAAGGCUUCUAGGAGCUCAAGAAGCUAGAAGGAAAGCUGUAAAGUGCUUUAUGCUAUGUAAACUAACCCCCCAGUGCCACUCCCCACCACGAGGGGCCCCAGCGGAGCUCCCCGUCAGAACCGCCACGCCAGCUCUUUCGAUGGGGACCGGCAAGCGGGCUCUCCCUCUGGGGCUCAGCCCCACUCACCGGGCGCGUGAGAGGCUCUGACUGUAGCAGUAACUCGCGUGCAUUUAGUGCUUCAGGCACAGCGUCUCAUUUAAUCCUCCCAGCAACCCUUGAAAUGGGACGUUUCUGUCCUCAGAUUACAAAUGAAGAAACUAUCUCCUGGAGAGGUGACAUAACUUGCCUAAGGUCAUGCAACUAAGAAGUAAAGGAGCAAAGGUUCAAAUCCAGGUCUGCCCAUUAUCCAUGCUCUUCAAAGUUCUCGUUUUCCCAUUGCGGACUUUUUAAUUCCCUUUGCUGGAAUCACUGGUCCAUCUUCUGUCCGUUACGUGGUCAUCUUGAAUUAGUCCUGCUUCACCAGUCGGUCUCUUCUGUGGCCUGUCAAAGCCACAAAAGGGUUUCUAAGAUACAAGUCCAGUAAUGUACCAAAUGCUUCCAAGCCCUAUUAAAGCCAUGUUCAUGAGAAUGCCCGGCUUCCUACUAGCAGUCACUGGAAUUUCUGCGGUAGGAGUUUGGGGAGAUUCCAGGUGGUGGCAGACUCAAGAAUCUGUGACUUAUGCUCUCAAUUCUGUAAGUCAGGUAACAGGCGGAGCGAAGCAGGAACAUCUUAUUUCUGCUCCAUCAUGUCUGGACCUUAAAUAGGGUGACCCGAACAUCUGGAUUCGCCUGGGCAGGUUCAACUGCGGCCGUAAGUCAAGGGCCUUGGUUCUGUCUGCCAGCCAGGUUCCUCUCCUCUUCUCCACAUGGCAUCCACUAAAAUGGGGCUGAAAUGUCCAAAAAUGGCUUUUUCCCUCCUGUGCCUGGUGCCUCCGUGUUCUGCCUUGUGGCGUCUCUCUGUGUAGAGUGGCCUGAUCUUCUUAUCUUGUUUCCCUGGGCUCCAGGAACCCACUGUCUCUGCUCUUCUCCACUCCAUUACACCUGCCCCCCCACACACACACAGCCCCUCCUGUGAGGAGCGGCCUCAUUCAGCCCCCCGCCAGGUGGCUGUGUUGUAUCACACGACCCCACCUCUGUCACCCUCCCCACACCACACACACAGGCAGGUCAGGGGACCAGGAUCUCUAUAGGCUGGCCAACAACUUUUGAAGUUGCCCGACUCAAAAACGUAAAGGAAGCCAGUCAGGCCAGGCAGUUUCCCCUUUUAGGACAUUUGAACCCCCAAAUCAGACCGUAUCGACAGCAGUGUGUGACACGAUGUCAUGAGGGCAAGUAGGGCCAUGUGCUGGCCAGAAUUACACUGAGGAGGAAAACUGGAGACCGAAGAAAAGCAAAACAAGCUGUGACAGGGAGAAAAUGCGAUUAGAGUUGGGGGAAGAAUGAGCCUCUUGUGGAAGAAGAUAAAGGAGGGGAUAACCUGAGCAGAGCUGGGGCUCCGUGAAAAAGGCAGAGAGAGGAGCCAGCCCUGGAGCCGCCCUGCUGCCCGGGCUCACCAGGCCUGCCCUGCCCCGCUCCCCAACCCAUGUGUUGCACUGCAGCAAGCUCGUAACUUCUUCCCUUUGCUGUCUGUUGGCUUAGAAGUGGGCACAUGACUUAGUUCUGCCAACAAAACUUACAGGGAAAUGGCUGGGGGAACUUCUGGGAAGAUACUGCUUUCUGAUUAAAGAAGAGAGAGUGAAGAGGCCUGUCCCGUCUUCCUGCUUUGAACAGGGAUGUUUGAGACGUGAUACUUGGAGCUGUAGCAGCCAUCUUGAGACCAGGAGACAACAAAACCAAGGGAAAAAGCCAACAUACCAAGGUUGGCCGAGUAGACAGACAAAAAAAGCCUGGGUCCUUGAUGAUACCGUUGAGCCACUAUACGUAUCCUGGAACCACCUACUUCCAGUCUUGUUGAUCGCUGAAUUGAAUGUCUUUAUUUCCUAAGCUGAUUUCUGCUAUUUGCAGCCUUUGCCAUUCUUAACCGGUACAGCACUCCUCUGAACCUCUCUGUCAGCAAUCCCUUAGAGCCCCAUGGCUCUUGGUGUAGCUCCAAAUGGAAAAUCAGCCCAAGUUUAGACAUUGGAAAUCUUACUUGUGUGGUAGGAAAUGCACGUCAAGAUUGGUCACGGCCUACAUAGGCAAGCAACCUUAGCACUCAGUUCCGAGUCCCAGGGCCUACAGGGCACCGACAAGGAAGGAAAGAUUCAGGAAAGUUCAGACGUAUGGGCAUGUCUUCUAAAAUGGGGGUCAUCUUCUAAAAUGGGGCUGAAUGAUGAAUUUUAGAACAAAUCAGUGGGAUAGUGGUAGGGGGGUAUGAGUCCCUGGGAUGCAGAGCCUAAGCAAGGGCCACGGAAGGCACACGGAAGGAGCAGCAAGUUGGAAUGGGCAAGGGGUGGGUUGGGUUGGAUGAAUUCUAGAGAAGGAGGCCAGUCCCAUGCAGCAGGAUUUUAUGAGCCCCACGUACUAGCUGGAAGAAAUGUAUGGCAGCUAGAACUAAACUGGUGCAAAACUAAGCCCUUUAGUUACUCUCCAGCCAGCCUUUGUGACAUUGCAUAUCCUCUUAGGAAUAGGGUGCCAUGAGUUGUGGCCACUCCCCACUUUCUCCAUUCUUUGUCCCUUCUCCACCUGUCCCUUUUUUCUCAAACUUUUCUUCCUGUCUUCUCUAUGCAAAGUCAGGAGACAGAAAUGCACACGACCUGAAUCUCUUCUCCCUCAACUAGGGAAUGGACAUAGUGGUGAGCAAGGACGUCUUCUAGGAGACUCAGAAUCCUAGGCUAGGGAUAAGGAGUUAAGUUGGGAGGAGAGAACACAGUCGGUGGAUAAGAACUAGAUGAAGCUUUCUUCUGAUCCAGCUUCCAUCAAGCAAUGUGGUUUUCGUGUUGCUUCAACACAAGAAAAUGUGCCUGACCCUUCCCUCAUGAAAUGAGAAGUUGAACUCAAGAACUGUAGCCCUUCCUCUUUAAAUGUCUAGUUUUAAAUACAAAACAAAGAGAAACUGGCAUCCUCCUAAUGUAGCCUUCAAAUACAAAUGAUUCCACUACAUUCAGAACUUGAGUAAAAUCACCACCCCCUUUUCCCACCACAAAAUAGUCUUCAGCAGUAGAGAUGUGGCCCGUAGAAGUUCCUCGAGUUAAUGGGGCCCGAACACAGAUAUGUUGCAGUCAUAGUAGAAUUUGUAACCUCCAGAUCCUGCCAGUAAGCCUCACCCCCUCAACGCAGUCCUUACACGCCCUACAUGAUUUAUGGAGUCCUGACCCCGAAGGCCCAAGCCAGGCCGACUCUGCUGUUUACCUAUUGCAUUACUUCAUUCAUUCAGCAGAAAUGUACUGAAUACCUACUAGAAUUAGAAGUUAAGCUUACAAAAGCAAGCUUAUAAGCUUAUCUUCCUUACUUCCUUAAGGAAGAUAAGUCAUUAGAGACAAAAAAAAUUCUAUGGAUAAUCAGGGACAGAAAUGAAAGCUUUGGUUGCAGUGGAAGAAGCAAAAAGUUUAAACUCCUUCUUAAUGCAAUUAAUGCUUUAAUGCGAUACUUAAUAAACCCUGAAUCCCCCCCCACCCUACCCUGGCAAAGUUUCCCCAUAUACCACUAAGGAUUCUCUGAUAUCCAAUAAGGAAAAGAACUGAAGGCUUUUCCUCAGUCUCCACAAUCAAGGUUUUUCUCUAGAAUGAAUUAGCCUGAUUACUGACUAAAAGCUCUCCCACAAUCUUUACAACGAGAGUGUUUGUUUCCUGUGAAUUCUCCAAAGAUGAGAAAGGGCUGCGCUAUCCCCAAAUGAUGCUCCAUGUUGGUUUUACUCACAGGCUUCUCUCCAGCAUGAAUGAUCUGACUGACGUCCAGCAUACUCCACGCUUCCCCUAGAUAGCUUUCCACAUUCACACACGCCCGCUUCACAUCCCGAAUGAAUUAGCUGACAUUGUCUAAGGCUAGAACUCCGACUGAAGGUUCUUCCUCAUCCAUUCUGCUCCCAGGGCUCCUCUCUGCUCUGAAAUCCCAGAUGUCUAAUUAGCUCUGAGCACUGUCUAAAAGCAUUUUCACAGCCAUUACGUGAAUAUGGUUUUUCUCCAGUGUGAAUUCUCUGACGUUGAAUGAGCUUUACUUUUCCUGAAAGCCCUCACAUUUAACGCAUUUGUAGCGUUUCUACUGAAUGCGAAUUAGCUGAUUCCUGUGGUGUCGGAAUGCUGCCAGAUGCCUCCUGCAAACAGGGAUUCUCUCCAAGAUGAAUGUUAGAAUGUUCAGUAGGCUGGGAGCCCUGAGAAAAGUGGCCUCUGUACAUAACAAAUAUGUUCUCUCCAAUAUGCAUACUGUAAUAUUGAAUAAAUUCUGAAUUCUGUUCUAAGAGUUAGCCACAUCUAUCUUAUUUGCGGGUUUUCUCACUUCUAAAAAACAUGUGUACAGAACUGCAGAUUUUCCCAUAUUCAUCCCAUUCAUGGGACGGGGUCCCUAAUGGUCCUCUAGAAUGUCUCUGUAUUUACAGACCUCUCGAAACUCAGACCUGAUCCGUAUCUCACAGGUACCUUCUCAAUGCAUCUGCCUAUGAAUCUACGGCUGCAGAAAGUCCCCGUUCAGGCCAGAUUGUUGUUCUUGGUCCCAGGCUCGCAAUAUGAAAUUACAGAACAUGUAAAUUUCAACUGUUGUCUCUUAAGAUAAAAUUUCUUGGACUGAGAAUGAAAGAUUUGGGGAAACUGAUGAUAAGAGUGCCUUCGGGCGAAUAUAUAAAGCGACGGGUGUGACAGACUGCUGGUUUCUGAUAUUCUUUUUUUCUUUCUUAACCCGAUUUUGGCCACAGUGAGAAGGUACCCAUUAAAACUGCUCACCUUCUCCAGUGACUGGGAAGGAGCACGUGGGCAGUUGCAAGGAGGUGGUUCCCACUGUUUCUUGAUCUGGGUGCGGGUCAGAUAGGUGUGUUCACUUUGUGAAAAUCCCUAAGUGGUAUACUUUUUACUUUGAAAAGGUUUUUAAAAAUCACUUCCCCAUCCUCCCAGGCAGCCCCAGGACAGUUCUAGCAGAUGAGAUGGGAUCAGAAUUGGGCUUCCAAGAAAACUUGUGACAGGGAGCGAACUCUGAAGCAGAAACCUUUUGCCUUUCCCCUACCUGCCCCCUUCUUUCUGCUGGAUCCUGGUUGUGAUUCCUGGAGGUGCAGCAGCCAUCCUGUGAGCACAUGCAGGAGGGCCACAUGCAAAAGAAGGCAGUGAGCCUAAGGAAGGUGCCCAGUCCUGGUGGCCUUAAAUUUCUCAUCUCCGGAAUUUUCAUUGUUUUUAUUCUAGUGGAAGAGAAAUGAUUUACAUUUGAUUGUAAGGUUAGGCAUCUUUUCCUGUUUUCUGCCUCUUGUUUUAUUUUCUGUUUGUCUUUCCCUUUCUUCCUUUGCAAAACGUCUGCACUCAUUGAAAAUGUUAGCGCUUUGUGUGUCAAAUGUGUUACGGAUAGCCUUCCAAAUGUGGCAUUUGUUUUUUGAGUUUGUGUGUGUGUUUAAAUAAGAGGUUAUUGCAUUUUUAUUUUAUGGCUUCUGAAUUUUGCAUAAUUUUUAUACUUUUCCCAUUCCAGAACUGUUAAAAUGCUAACUCUUUUUAAUAGUACCUUUAUGGUUUCAUUUUAUUAUGUUUAAAUCUUGGAUCCAAGAGGAAUUCAAUACAAUGUAAAGAAUUAGGUCAAGGUCCAGGUUUCUACCUCCCAUCACCUCGCAACACUGUCUAGGGAAUAACUAUCUUUUCCCAGCUAUUUUGAAAUGCUACCUUUAUCAUGUGUUAAAUUCCAUUUGAAUUUGGGUCUUUUCUUGAAUCUCUGUUUACCGGUCUGCACCUCGACCGAUACAUCAUUAUCUUAAUUAUUUUACUUUAUAAGUUGUUUCAGUAUCUGAUAAGGUUACUUCCCUCAUGGCUCUACUUUUUCAAAAUGCUCACGGGUGAAAAUAAGGUGGGUAAGUUGGAGCUGGUGAGAGUCAGAGAUGGAACACUGUCCUCGAGAGAGUCAAUGUGGCCAGUCGUGUGUAUGACCAAGACAUUCAAUCAAACGGAAAAGGAUGAAAGGAGAAUAAUGUAACAGCCUCACAAAAUAUUCUGUUCAUUAUGACGUCAGGGAUUGCACAAAGGUUCUUCAACACAGGUAGCAUUUUAACAAUAUCCUUAUUUUAGGCACUUAUCCUUUUCCUCUACAAUGUAUUCCUGGAACUGUUUUGUAAAAAAGUCAUAUUUUCUCUUAAUAACUCCUCAUAUCCAGAAACUCAGCAUCAAACAGGUUAUGGUUCUAAUAAAUAGGUCAUGAAGGCCCAAACAGAAAACUUCGGAUGGUCUUUAGUAAUAUAAAAGGGUAACAUUAUGUUUCAAGUCCUAUUACAUGGCCACGUGUGUACCCAAGACGAUUCUUCUGCAGGCCUCAAUGUACUGUGAAGUCUACAUAAAGCACAGGCCAUUCUAUCUAGUCUAAAAAUAGCCCCGUCUAUGACAAAAGGACAAAUAUAACAUUAACAAUUGCGCUUCCCUUUUUGGAAUUUCGGAGAGUCAUGAGGAAAUUAUAUGUAAGAUCCAAGACUCCUCUUAAAAUAAGCUUUCCAAAGAAAACUGAAAUGGCUCUAUUUCUUCUGAUAACUUUCCUUGAGACAAACAGAAGCAUUCAGAAUAAUUCCACUGGUCUUAUGGCUGCAUAUGGUUUUAGGUUUUUCCUAAAAAUGGCUAUUAUAGUAUUUAAAGACUUCCUUAGGACAUUAGUUUUGAGUGCCCAGAAGUAUUAAGAGAACUAGUCUUUCAAAUCAUGCCUUUUUUUUUCAUCUUUUCUGUGUAAAUGCUUGAUAUUGGUGUAAUGAAUAUUAAAAUGAA